UAUUAUUGAUUUUUUAUUAUUAUUCUAUACAGUUCAACGGCCGUCUGCCGGCUUCCUUAAGCUCGAACCUCUUUUCUCUACAAGACGAAGACAAAGAAUAAAACAUGGCGUCACCCUUCGCUUCGCUUAUUCUAUUCCGCUCCUCUCCGUUAUUUUAGCUUCAAUUAUAUCACGCUUUAAUGUGGCAGAAGCCUGCGGUUAUCGUCUUCAUCUCCUCUUAUGGCAUAUAUAACAAAUUGUUCUACCUGCGACGUGUCAAGCAAGGCCCUCAAACUGAGAGCUUCAACUUUUGCUCCAACACUUCCCUCCAGCUUCCUCAGAUUGUCUCUGGAUUUGAAUAAUUAUACUCGGCGUCGGCGGCUUCAGUCUCCGAAAAUCCAUCUCCCUCGCUCUGCUGCCAAGGUGCUAGCUAAGGACGGUGUAGCUCAAAUGGCGGUGACAGGGAUGGAGAGGGAGAGACAGAGUGAAAAAUGUGGAGCGUUGAGAGUUGGGCUCAUCUGUGGAGGUCCGUCUGCGGAACGUGGAAUUUCUCUCAACUCCGCUAGAUCAGUUCUUGAUCACAUACAGGGAGAUGAUUUGCAAGUGAGCUGUUACUACAUCGAUUCGGAGUUGAAUGCAUAUGCAAUAUCUUCUGCUCAGGUCUAUUCAAACACUCCAGCAGACUUUGAUUUUAAGCUUAAAAGCCUUGCCCGCGGUUUCCUGUCUUUGACUGAGUUUGCUGAGCACCUUUCUACUUCUGUGGACAUAGUAUUCCCUGUUAUACAUGGUCGGUUUGGUGAAGAUGGUGGAAUCCAGGAACUAUUGGAAACGCAUAACAUUCCGUUUGUUGGAACAGGUUCGACGCAGUGUUCACAUGCCUUUGACAAGUAUAACGCCUCCUUGGAGCUCGAUAGACUUGGAUUCAUAACAGUGCCUAAUUUUCUUGUACAGGCUGGUGGUGUAAGUGAAUCUGAGCUAUCAAAGUGGUUUUUGAGUAAUCAGCUUGAUCUUAGCUCAGGAAAAGUUGUGGUAAAACCAGCAAGAGCAGGAUCAAGCAUAGGUGUGUCAGUUGCAUAUGGAGUGGUGGAUUCACUCAAGAAGGCUAAUGAGAUUAUUUCAAUGGAGAUUGAUGAUAAAGUCCUCGUUGAAGUAUUUCUUGAAGGAGGCAGUGAGUUCACUGCAAUCGUCCUUGAUGUGGGAUCUGGUUCUGUUUGUCAUCCUGUUGUACUACUACCAACAGAAGUCGAGAUUCAAUCACUUGGUUUGGCAGAUGCGGGAGAAAAGGAUGCAAUUUUCAAUUACAGGAGGAAAUACCUCCCCACCCAGCAGGUCGCAUAUCAUACUCCUCCUCGUUUUCCUAUUGACGUGAUAGAAACCAUUCGUGAAGGAGCAUCUUUACUCUUCAAAGGACUUGGUCUCUGUGAUUUUGCUCGGAUUGAUGGGUGGUAUUUGCCUAAUUUCUCUCAUGAAUCUUCAUGCUCCAUGGGGAAGUUUGGAAGGACUAAAUCUGGCACAGUAGUCUAUACCGACAUAAAUUUGAUUAGUGGGAUGGAACAAACCAGUUUUUUGUUUCAGCAAGCCUCAAAGGUUGGUUUUUCUCACUCAAAUAUUCUUCGGAGCAUUAUUUACCAUGCUUGUUUGCGGUAUCCCAGUCUAGGAUCAUUGGACUGUAUGUCUGGGAAUACGCCUAGAAGAUCGAUCUCCUCUCAACGUAGUCAAGCAUAUUCUAGCCAUGAAAGCAUUCGAAAAGUUUUUGUUAUUUUUGGAGGAGACACAUCAGAACGUCAAGUAUCUCUUAUGAGUGGAACAAAUGUUUGGCUUAAUCUGCAAGCGUUCGAUGAGCUUGAAGUAACUCCAUGUUUACUGGCCCCAUCUAUCGAGCAAACAUCUGGCGUGGAUUUGGACAAAAAUGAAGCCAACUUGACCUUCAAAACGGUUUGGUCAUUGCCUUACUCACUUGUGCUAAGACACACCACGGAGGAAGUUCUUGCUGCAUGCAUUGAGGCCAUUGAACCAACUCGCGCAGCAUUAACAUCUCAUCUGCGAGAGCUAGUGGUGACUGAUCUUGAAGAAGGUCUGAAGAAGCAUAGUUGGUUUUCAGGAUUUGAUAUCAAAGAUGAAUUGCCUGUGAGAUUUUCCUUGGAGCAGUGGAUCAAGAAAGCGAAGGAAGUUGAUGCAACGGUUUUUAUAGCAGUGCAUGGAGGCAUUGGUGAAGAUGGCACGCUUCAAUCCUUGUUGGAGGCCCAAGGAGUUCCUUAUACAGGUCCCGGAGUGGCAGCCUCUAACAUAUGCAUGGACAAAGUAUCAACUUCGUUGGCCCUAAACCAUCUUUCAGAAAUGGGUGUACUUACCAUUAAAAAGGAUGAGAGGAGGAAAGAAUAUCUCUUGCAUAUCCCUAUAUUAAAUGUAUGGCAUGACUUAACCUGCAAGCUUCAGUGUCAGUCGUUAUGUGUUAAACCAGCUAGAGAUGGUUGCUCGACCGGGGUUGCAAGACUAUGCUGUGCUGAUGACCUUGCAGUUUAUGUGAAAGCAUUGGAGAACUGCCUCGUCAGAAUUCCUUCUAAUAGUUUGUCAAAGGCACAUGGCAUGAUUGAGAUGCCAAAACCACCUCCAGAACUCUUGAUUUUUGAACCUUUUAUCGAGACCGAUGAGAUAAUUGUUUCAUCCAAAUCUACUGAUGAGUCUGAAAGACUUUUGUGGAAAGGACAAAGUAGAUGGGUGGAAAUUACUGUAGGUGUUGUGGGAACACGUGGAUCAAUGCACUCAUUGAGUCCUAGCGUCACCGUCAAGGAAAGUGGGGAUAUUUUAUCUCUCGAGGAGAAAUUCCAAGGUGGGACUGGCAUCAAUUUAACUCCACCACCAUUAUCGAUUAUUAGUAAUGAGUCGCUGGAGAAGUGUAAACAACAUAUUGAACUGAUUGCAAACGCACUACAGCUGGAAGGAUUUUCCCGAAUUGAUGCAUUUGUAGAUGUUGAUAGUGGAAAGGUCUUAGUCAUUGAAGUUAAUACAGUCCCUGGAAUGACACCUUCCACAGUUCUCAUCCACCAGGCACUUGCAGAGACACCACCUGUAUACCCCCACCAGUUCUUUCGCAGAUUGCUUGAUUUGGCAUUGGAGAGGUCAACAUAAAAAAAGGGGCCUGCGAACGUAUUGAUGAAAUAGACUGUAAGAAGCAUAUGAAAUACCACACCUUCGGAAAGAAAACAAAAGAACGGACCAUGCCAGAGACUUGCCAUUCCCAAUUUCAAAAAUUGUAAUAAAGGGCAAAGCCAUUCUGUUGGAAUUCUGGAAGUGAAGAAGCCAGGAUAGCGACCAAUCUUCCAUCUGCACUUCAUUCUCAUAAGUUGCAACAAAGGAUUAGGCGACUCUAUGUAUUCUGGGCUUCAUAUCUUUAGCCUGUUUGAGCUUUCUGGUGGCAUGCACUAGGAAGCCUACUUUUUAUUUCAUCUCGUCUGUUCCUUUAAUGAAGGCAUGAAUUUCUUUCUAUAGGCUUCCGCAACAUUUCUUGUAUUUAUUGUCCUCCUGAAGGUUGUCAUUGGACCCUUUUCCUCAACUUGCAAAAGAUUCUAAAUGAUAAACAUCUUCUAUUCUGGUA